AUGGCCUUCUCCCGGAGAAGCAAUAUCAGCAACUUCUCUUGCUGCUUCCUUGUGAUCUUCGUCUUAUCCCUGCAUUGCGAAAACCAUAGAGUUUCUUCUUCUGCUUCGCGCUUUAUUCAAACAAGAGGAACCCGAUUCGUGUUAGGUGGUUCCCCAUUUUUUUUCAAUGGGUUCAACUCCUACUGGAUGAUGCAUGUUGCAGCUGAGCCAAGUGAAAGGCAUAAAAUUUCCAAUGUAUUUCGCGAGGCUGCUGCUGCAGGGCUUACUGUUUGCCGGACAUGGGCAUUCAGCGAUGGUGGCGAUCGAGCUCUUCAAAUGUCCCCCGGAGUCUAUGAUGAACGUGUCUUUCAGGCCCUUGAUUUUGUGGUAUCGGAAGCAAGGAAGUAUGGCGUUCACUUAAUCCUGAGUCUGACCAACAACUACAAGGACUUUGGAGGAAGGACACAAUACGUGACGUGGGCUAAAAAUGCUGGAGUACAAGUGAAUAGCGAUGAUGAUUUUUACACCAAGAAUGCUGUCAAGAGAUAUUACAAGAAUCACAUUAAGAAAGUGUUGACUAGGAUCAACACAAUCAGUAGAGUUGCAUAUAAAGAUGAUCCAACAAUCAUGGCAUGGGAGCUAAUCAAUGAACCUCGUUGCCAGGUCGACUUCUCCGGAAAAACCUUAAAUGCUUGGGUUCAAGAAAUGGCAACUUACGUCAAAUCACUCGAUAACAAACACCUUCUAGAAAUAGGGAUGGAGGGAUUCUAUGGAGAUUCAAUGCCAGGCAAAAAGGAGUACAAUCCUGGAUACCAAGUGGGCACAGAUUUUAUCACCAAUAAUCUUAUCAAAGAGAUAGAUUUUGCAACCAUUCAUGCAUAUCCCGAUAUUUGGCUGUCUGGACAGAGCGAUGGUGCACAGAUGAUGUUCAUGAGAAGGUGGAUGACCAGUCACUCCACAGACUCUAAGACCAUACUCAAAAAACCAUUGGUUCUCGCUGAAUUUGGGAAAUCAAGUAAAGAUCCAGGAUACAGUUUAUAUGCCAGGGACUCAUUCAUGGCCGCAAUUUACGGUAAUAUCUACAGGUUUGCUAGAAGAGGAGGCAUUGCAGGUGGAUUGGUUUGGCAAAUCCUGGCCGAGGGAAUGGAACCGUACGCAGAUGGGUAUGAAAUUGUCUUGUCUCAGAACCCAUCAACCGGACGAAUCAUAGGCCAACAGUCUCGACAAAUGACUUCACUCGACCAUAUGGUCAGUAAUAGAACCAAUUCUCAAAGCAACAAACUGCGCAAUUCAAAGGAGCAGUGA